ACAUUUUAGUGAUCCAACAGGUCCCACUCAGGCCCGCAUUCAUGAUUUUCGAUGGAAGUGCGUUUGCGAGCGAAGUGAUCCAUAGACUUGAAUCACUGGCCUCUCCCUGUAGUGUAGGGUCUGGAGGCGGAGGACAAUUCUCCGAAGGCUAGCCUUUUAAGAACAUUCUGCUGGAAAAAAUUUUUGGAUACGACGUCCCGUUAUGGAGUUAUGAUUUUUUAAUAAUAUGAUGUCAGAAAAUCAGCCCAAGAGCUUAUCUAUUUCUGUUGGUUACGCACCGCUGAUUCGCAAUGUUUGUCAUCGCUUCAAGAUGUCUACCCGAUUCGUGGAAAAAGCCACGUCCGUCAACAAAAUAGGUCUAAACGAGUGAAAAUGUAAAAUGAGUGAAUCUGUUUCUCCAUCCUUUGAAAUUGUGUACCAAACUAAACAUGCACUGUUGUAUGAAGAAUGUCCUAAAAUAACCCACAGCGAACUCAAAUCCAGUUCUCAGCUCCAACGUCUUGGCAACUUCUUGACAACUUUUCGUGUAGGAUUUUCAUCAAAACGUAAUGUUCCAUCAUUUGAUGAAAUCCGAGAAGAGUGGUGCUUACAGCGCUUUCGGUAUUCUCCAUGGAUAAGACCGUUGAAAAUAAAAGACGUUUAUGGCCAGGGAAGCGGUGAUUAUCACCAUCCAGACGUGCAAGUCGAGGCGUUUUAUCUCGGAUGUAUGUUUGAUAGGGGCACGUUCAUUUGUGAAUAUGAACACAACAUUGAUGGCAUUUUUGCCUCAUUUGAACAUGAUUCAAAGAGACUCACCGUGGAUUUCUGUUUCAACCGUUCAAGUUAUACUUAUCCGCACAGAUUUGUUUACGAGUAUCAAGACUUAUUUGAUAAGAUUUUAAUAGAUUACAAACACGAUACGCAGAAACUAUAUUUCUUUGUUAAAGUACCCCCUCGCGUUCGUCGUGCUGACAAAUAUGUGGUGGAUGACGACACAAAAUGGAUUCGUACAACCAAGUUUAGAGGCUGUGACCCAUGUAUUAUCGGCGAGUCCUCGGUAAUUUGUUUGGAAUUCGAUCAAAAAUUAGAAGAAGACCUGAACGAAGUCAUUAGACUUUUCGAAACUUCAGGCACAUUUAAAGUACACUAUGCACAUGUCGAUUGCAAAGAAGCAUCUGCCAGUUGUCCUGAAUUGGAAUUCUCUAAAUACGGUACUGUAUAUGCGCUUGAGUCAUUUUUCUCACUCGGAACGAUAUCAACACUUAGAAGUGAUGAAUUAAUACGCCACAUUCAAGUAGUUAAGAAAGAAACCGACGAAGAAUCAUUACAGAGAGCACUAUAUUCGUUAAGUAGACAACUUGAAAAUGACCAUUUCAUUGAUCUUAAAGAAGCCUUUGUCUUUCUUCUAAAGGAAGAAAAGAAGAAAACCAAAGAAGAAGUUCCAGGCAAUUGUAUGUACGUUCGUCGUAUCUACUGCACUCCGACAAGGCUCAUAAUUGAACAGCCAGAAUUAAUGUUCAGCAAUAGGAUACUGAGACAGUACGGCGAAGAAUUCUGUGCUCGAAUCGUAUUCCGAGACGAAAAUUAUCGAAAGCUAAAUGGCAUGGAAGCGAAUAGUUCUACUGAUAUAGCCGAGCGGAUCAUUGAAGUUUUGUCGAAAGGUGUACAAAUUGGUGGCCGAUGCUACAGAUUCCUUGCGUGUUCUAAUAGUCAGCUGCGUGAUCAUGGGUGUUGGCUAUACGCAGAAGACGAUAAUGGUAACAUAGGAGAGACAAUACGUAAAAACAUGGGUGACUUUCGCAAAAUAAAUAUAGUUGCCAAGUACAUUUCUCGAAUGGGACAAUGUUUUUCAACUUCAGAAUCCGCGUUAAAGGUCGAAGUUGAAUCAGGUCAAGUCGAAUUUGAAUAUGAUAUUGAAGGUGGUCUUGACAGGGAAUUUAAACCAUAUUGUUUUUCUGAUGGAAUUGGGAAAAUUUCUAAAGCUUUACGGAACAAAGUGUGCACAAAGUUAAACAUCAAGGCAGAGCCAUCGGCCUUUCAAAUCCGCUAUGGAGGAUGUAAAGGAGUUCUUGCAGUGGAUCCGACACUUUCUGGUGAGAAAAUGGUAAUACGUAAAAGUAUGCGUAAGUUCGAAAGCGAUGAUUGCGACUUGGAAAUCAUGACGGAGUCAAAACCAGGCCGAUUGUUUUUGAACUAUCAAGCGAUCACAUUACUUUCUGGAAGAGGCGUACCUGAGGAAGUAUUUAUUCAACUGCAAGAAACCAUGCUAUAUCGUCUGGCUAAUAUGCUGUUCGAUGAAAGUCAAUCAGCUUUGUCAUUGAAUAAGUCUGUACGCAAUGGUAUGGCGUUCAACAUGAUUUCACAAAGCGGUAUUUCACUGACCCAAGAGCCAUUCUUUAAAGGAAUGCUAAAGGCACUUUAUAAACACUCUGUGGGUCAUCUGAAAAGAAAAGCUCGCAUAGAAAUUCCUGAAGAAUUUGGAAGAAACAUGAUCGGUACUCUUGAUGAAACAGCAACACUGCAGUAUGGUCAAGUCUUUGUACAAUACUCGAAGGACAUACUUGCUCCUCAGAAAGAAACUAUUAUUCACAAAGGUCCUGUUGUGAUCACAAAGUUCCCAGCCCUUCACCCAGGAGACAUUAGAAAGUUGGAGGCCGUUGAUGUUCCAUCUUUGCAUCACAUGAUAGAUUGUGUUGUCUUUCCACAGACAGGUUUCAGACCUCAUCCUGACGAGAUGGCAGGCUCUGAUUUAGAUGGAGAUGAGUACUUUGUAACAUGGAUGCCACAAUUAUUGAUCCAGAAAAAUGUCCCUCCUAUGCAUUUUCCAUCUUCUCCACCUACAAUACAUUAUGGUGAAAUAAAAGAGAAAGAUAUGAUACAGUACAUAUCAGAUUACAUUAAGAAUGAUAGGGUAGGAGUAAUUGCCAAUGCCCAUCUGACAUUUGCCGAUUCUGAAACAGAUGGAAUAUUUUCGGAUGUUUGCAACGAACUUGCCAAGAAGUUUUCCAAAGCUAUAGACUUUCCUAAGACAGGAUCCUGUCCAGAGUUAGAAAAAAACGAACACCCAAAAAAGUAUCCUCAUUUUAUGAACAAACGAGACAAAACAGUCUAUAUAUCUGAAAAGUCAUUGGGGCAGCUUUACACACAGUGUCGAAAUGUUGAAUCAAUCACAUGGCAGCAAGAUGGUAGAGAUCAGUAUAAAGGUACGCAAAAAGACCCGCACCUGUUGUAUCCAGGAUAUGAAGAUUACAUUGAAGAAGCUGAGAAGACACGGGAUGAAUACAACCACGAUCUCAUGACAAUCAUGACACAGUAUGGCAUUGAGAAUGAAAGUGAGAUAAUGUCUGGCUGUUUAAUCACUCUCAGCAGGCGCAUUACAGAACGAAACGAACGAUUCGAUACAGAGAGGCUAGUGGCUGAAAAAGUUAGAACUCUUCGUAGAAAAUACAGGGAAAAGUUUGAAUCAGAAUUUGAUCAACAAGGAAUAUUUAGCAAGGAAGAGAUCGACUGUAAGCGAUAUGCCAAAGCCACAGCCUGGUAUUGUGUGACGUACAAAAUCAAAGACCCGGAACUCCUGAGCUUCCCCUGGGUUAUGUCUGAUGUCGUGGCACAACUGAAGAAAUUACGUUCAAAUCGACCAUUAGAUAAGAAUCCUGUAUUUGGUAGAUUAUCUAAUGAGAUAAACAUGUAUUCUAAUGGGCAAUAUAUGCGCAUCAUUAAACCAAACUAUUUUCAAGUACAACACAGACAGCUUAAUAAAGUAAAAGACAUCCUGGUAGAAUGGGAUCGUAUGCUAUACCCGGGAACAAAUGAUGUUAAGAGAACUAUCGCAUUGGUUGAACAUUUUGAAUACUUUGUUUCCAGUAAAUAUGGAUAUUCUCCACCUCCAGAGCCUUCGGUAAUUUUUUUAGAUUUUUUGGCAUGCCUGGGCAGUUUCAAGUCGAAAACAUCAGGUAAUCGUCCAGACCGAGGUCCAAUCUACAAGAUUUCUAACCAAAAUAUUCAACGAUAUUGCAGAGAAGCUGAAAGAAGCUAUCAUAAGUUGGCAGUGUUCGGAACGUUAAAUUGCCUUUUUGGCCGUGACUACCAUGAGCAAAAUUAUGAGCACCAGUUUAAUGUUGGUCCAAUUAAGUCGGAACAUAGAAAAACCUUAAAACGGUGCGUACGUGUGGUGAAACGUUCAAUGGACAUUUUUCUUUGGUAUCGAUCACAGAGAAAAGGACGAUUAGAAUUUUGGUACCUCACAUUCUUCGGAUCAUACCAGCAGUUUCUGGAAGUCGACAAAAUCGUAGAUGCAUGGGGCCGUCACCAGUUCAUCACUUCGGCGCCUACCUAAGAGGUAAUUUGACUUCGAUAAUUUUUGUUUUAAUCAAGCCAAAAAAGUUGGGGAGGUGUGGGGAGAGAAUUCUGAAAAGUAGAGAUCCUGAAGCAGUUCGAUUGGUUACUUAAGUGGGAUAGGACAGAUGUAAACAUUAAGGCGAAUGCUAUAUAUUUUUCCAAACUUGCCAAUGUCCAUCUUUGCUUACAUGAAACACAAUAAAACAUCCCGUUUGAGUAGACUCCGAAAUACACAGAGCUGUUCCUAUAAGCCUAGGGUCAGGAGCGGGCCCCGGAACUCUGUUAUUCUAGUUUUUUUGAAGAGGAAUGAUUGAACAUAAUUUUUGGACAUCAUUAAAAUUUAGUUUUUCUUUGGUUUGUGUGUUAGGUUAAUGACGUUUUUCUUCAAACAUUCUUUGAUAUAAAGGAGAUACGUGGCCAGGCGCUGAUCCAGAGUUUACCCUGACCAUAGAGAAAAUAGAACACACAUUGAAUAUUGCACAAGUGGGGUCCCACGGUGGGAGGGGCUAGCGGUGACUCCAGAAAUGGCUAUUAACUUUGAAAAUAUAUGUAUUUGAAUACUACUUUCAUUCAUUUUCUGAGGAUAAGCCCAGGUUUGAUGAAUUACUAGGAAUCUAUAAAAUGCAUUACAUUGAUCCGUCUAUUGCGUGAAUACGCCAGUCCUCUAUGGUGGCAUACGUCUAUCAAAAAGAAAGUCUGAUGAGCUUGUAUUCAUUCGAAACAAGCAGUAAAAACCCUCAUUGGUUACCAAAACGCUAUGCCAGAUACGUCAGCUUAUUCUCAAUGAUGUUUGCAAAUGUUGUCGAAUUUACUCAAUCUGCAUUACAAGCUAUGCAUUAGUUAGCACUUUUCGAACCCAGAGACUUGCCAACUACUUACUGUGCAUACAAAAUUCGACUGUUUUUAAAGCAACAUUCCGAUAAUUGAAUAUUACAUAUAUUUGUAUAACAAUAUAUUUCCUAUUUCUGUACAGCUAUUAUUGUUAAUUAAUGACCUAUUUUCUGUGAUAUUUUUAAUUAGUUGAAUAGUCAUUGAAUGAUUGUAAAUAACUAUUUAAUAUCAUUGUUGUACAUUGUAAAUAACUGAAUGAUAUACAUAAUAAUUUUAAUAAAUGAAUAAAAUAAAACAAAAUAUAUUCAAAUAAUAAUAAUAAUAAUAAUAAUACUAUCUGUAAGCAUUUUUAUAAUGAUUCGUAUAUGUAUACAGUAGAGGUUUUUCGAUUUAUGUAUUUAAGUGCUGUACGUGUGUUUGCACUGUAAGAGCAAUUACUUUCAGCCCUUAUAUUUUGAAGAAUUUGAAUCCUGUAAGUAAAUAAAAUAAAAUGGCAUUUUAAAGCAACAUUCCGAUAAUUGAAUAUUACAUAUAUUUGUAUAACAAUAUAUUUCCUCUUUCUGUACAGCUAUUAUUGUUAAUUAAUGACCUAUUUUCUGUGAUAUUUUUAAUUAGUUGAAUAGUCAUUGAAUGAUUGUAAAUAACUAUAUAUUAUCAUUGUUGUACAUUGUAAAUAACUGAAUGAUAUACAUAAUAAUUAUAAUAAAUGAAUAAAAUAAAACAAAAUAUAUUCAAAUAAUAAUAAUAAUAAUAAUAAUACUAUCUGUAAGCAUUUUUAUAAUGAUUCGUAUAUGUAUACAGUAGAGGUUUUUCGAUUUAUGUAUUUAAGUGCUGUACGUGUGUUUGUACUGUAAGAGCAAUUAUUUUCAGCCCUUAUAUUUUGAAGAAUUUGAAUCCUGUAUUGUCAUAAGACAGGAGAAAACAAAUGUAUAGAUGAUGCGCGCUGUGUGUUUGGUAGUUACAGUUCAGAUUUACUUUAUUCCAUUUAUCAUGAUUCAGUAAGUAAAAUACUUUAGUAAAAGUAAACAUAAAAAUAGAACUAUAAAUGGAAAGGUUCCAAGGCAAGCAUAAGCAAACACAAAAACUCGAAAUAAAAAGACAAAAUAUAUAUAUUAUAUUAAGAAAAUAAAAGAAAAAUCAUAAAAACAAAUAAUUCAUUACAUUUCAUGAUAGCAACUUUGGCAUAAACAAGCACCUAGUAUUGAUAAGCUACAAAAUUAGAUCCCUUUUAUUGUAUUAGGAAAGAAUGUUAUGCUUUACAAUGAAAGUAGGUUAAUUUAAAGCAGGAUACGAUCACUUCUCAACUCAAUGUCAAGAUGUAUAAUUAUGACCAAUUGUAGAUACAUGCUGUUUUUACCAUGGGAAUGACAAAGAUACGCAUUUCAUGUUGUCAUGUAGGAAACUUACUUGUAAGUGCUAAAAACAAACUUGCAUCCCGUUCUGGUCUUAAUGGCCUUUUACGGUUAAGGUACGUUUACAUUUUGAUUUCUAGAUUCCAACUUACUAACAAUUCUAAAAAUGACUGGUAUUGACUGAUCACUUCAGAAUAUGGAUCCCUGAACCCCACCCCCUCCAAUCGACAAAGUUGCUACACUACUGUAAUCAUUAUGUAUUUCCAUGUUGUUGACCCAAUAGAUUUGCCACUUGAUUUGACAAUUCUUUUUAAAGAAAUAUUCCAAUUUAAUAUAUAUUGUAUGUGUUUUUUUUUUUUUUUCAUACUUCUAUAAAGCUUUCAUUGUUAAUGAGCGGCCUAUAUUCAGAGAUAUUUUAUUGAUUGUUUUGUAAUUAGUUGAACAGUUAAAUGUAACUUAGUCUAUUAUUUUUUAAUAAUUAAUUAAAUAAAAUAAAACAGUAAUAUUCAAUUUUUAAUAUCUGUAAUUAUUUUAUUAAUGAUUUUUUUUAUAUAUAUACUUUUUCGAUUUAUGUAAUUUUAUACCGAUUAAUGUAAAUAGUUUGAUUUAAUGCAAUACCGGUGUGACACUUUGCAGAUCCCAACUCUGUUUUUAGUUGAAGUAGUUUAAGUAAAAAUUAUUUAUUUCUUCUUGUAGUUAUAAUGUGCAUUUAAGCUUUUCUCUGCGCAAUGCGUUACAUAUGAUUGGCAUUAUUAUUAUUAAUGAAGAAUGUACUGAAACUGUUGUAAAAAUUAGGCAUAUGUGUAGGCCUAUUUGUUACAGUUACAGUGCAAUACAAUUUUUUUUUCCAGUUCAGUACCAAUUUAUUUAGUAAGUAAAAUACAUUUAUGAAGUAAAAGUAAUCUUAAGUGAUACAUGGAAGGUUAUCCACUGUUCAAUAUUUUAUUCAGUAAGUAAAAUACAUUUAUAAAAUAAAAGUAAUCAAUAUUUUAUUUUACCUUUCUGCAUAACUUUGUUCUUUAUGUCCAAUAUUAGUUUAAAAUGGGUUUUUAAAUAGUAAAUAUAACAUUCAUAUAUAGGAAUAUCGGUUAUUUUAGUGAAUGCCCAAUGCUUAAUUAGAUGUGAGCAUAGCUGGUGGUGUUGGAACCAUAUUGAUGACAUCCCGGCCUCUGAACGUGUACUUGAUUCAAGUAAAGACUUUACUUCUUCUCUGGACAUCCAUCUUGCAUCUUCCAAUUCCUUCUCAUCUAAGUUCAACUGAUAAUUUAAAAAAAUAUAAACAUGAAUUUGAUUAACAACCAAAUGGAAUUUAUCUAAUUCAUUGUCAAACCCCCAAAAAAGCUUAAAAUCUUGUUAGCCACUAUGUAUGUUAUAUAUCAUUAUGACAAGUACCAGUAUUCAGUCGUAUAGAAUAGGAGGUGGUACAACUCAUGAGGUUGCAUUCAACAGUCAAACGAACACCAUUACAGGGCAUCCUCAUACAAAUCUGAAAUGUAUUCUUUACAUGCCGCAUAUGUUAGAUACAAAUGACUUGUGUUUAUGGAUGUGCUUUUGAAAGACGCCCUCUAAGUUAUGGGGGUACAUUUUCGAGAGAAUAGAGUAUUUCAAAGAAAAGCUGAGAGCUGAACCUCUUAGAAUUCUGUACUCAUUGAGUACACUCGAUUUCUAAAUACAUGUCGCAAUCAAAACUACUGUAAUUUAAAUUGUGUUAAAAUAAAAAAAAAUUCUUGGUAUGAAUUGUGUACUUCACAUCAUAAAGAAUCAGUUUUUGAAGGUGUUUAAUUUGUGCUUUCCAUUUUCUGUGACUAGCACUAACAGAGCUUUAGAAUAAAGAUAGUAAAACCAUAAAAAUAAAAUCAUGUUAAAAACUGUA